CGGACGGCGGCGGGCUGAAUGAACGCAGGUCACCGCUGACUUUCAUAAACUGACAGAAAAACGACAUUUUUGGCCGCUUUUUCGGGUUUUCUGCUGCCAGGAGUUUUGUGUUGUCGAUUCUUUGGCGUGGAGCUGAACGUGUGCGGCCAUGGCUCGUAAGGACUACGCUGCAGAGAAAGAAAAAUGCAAAAGAUUCUUGCAGGAGUUUUACACAGAAGAUGACAAUGGCAAGAAGGUCUUCAAAUAUGGAGCUCAGCUUGUGGCGCUGGCCCACAGGGAGCAGGUGUCUCUCUUCGUGGAGCUGGACGACGUGGCAGAAGAAGACCCCGAGCUGGUGGAGAGCAUCUGCGAGAACGCCAAGCGCUACACGGGCCUGUUCGCCGACGCCGUCCACGAGCUGCUGCCAGAGUACAGAGAGCGAGACGUCGUGGCUAAAGAUUCCCUGGACGUGUACAUCGAGCACCGGUUGAUGAUGGAGCAGAGAGGUCGUGACCCUGCCGAUACUCGAGACUCUCGCAAUCAGUACCCGCCUGAACUCAUGAGGAGAUUCGAGCUGUACUUCAAGUCUCCCACCACCGCCAAGCCCAAGGUGGUGCGGGACAUCCGCGCCGACAGCAUCGGCCACCUGGUGACGGUGCGCGGCAUCGUGACCCGGGCCACCGAGGUCAAACCCAUGAUGGCCGUGGCCACGUACACAUGUGACCAGUGUGGAGCGGAGACCUACCAGCCGAUCCAGUCUCCCACCUUCAUGCCGCUCGUCAUGUGUCCCAGCCAAGAGUGUGUGACCAACAAGUCCGGAGGUCGGCUGUACCUGCAGACCAGAGGCUCCAAGUUCGUUAAAUUCCAGGAGCUGCGCAUUCAGGAGCAUAGCGACCAGGUGCCCGUCGGAAACAUUCCCCGGAGCAUGACGGUGUACGCGCGCGGCGAAAACACCCGGCAGGCGCAGCCCGGAGACCACGUGGCCAUCACUGGCGUCUUCCUGCCUCUGCUGCGGACGGGAUACAGCCAGGCCGUGCAGGGCCUCCUGUCUGAAACGUACCUGGAGAGUCACAGCAUCACGCUCAUGAACAAGACGGAGGACGACGAGCUGGGGAACGACGAGCUGAGCGAGGAGGAGCUGCGGGAAUUCACAUCUGAAGAGUUUUACGAUAAGCUGGCUGGAUCCAUCGCCCCGGAGAUCUACGGACACGAAGACGUGAAGAAGGCUCUGCUCCUGCUGCUGGUGGGCGGCGUGCAGCAGGCCCCCAAAGGCAUGAAGAUCCGAGGCAACAUCAACAUCUGCCUGAUGGGCGACCCCGGAGUGGCCAAGUCCCAGCUGCUGUCCUACAUCGACCGCCUGGCUCCCCGAAGUCAGUACACCACCGGCCGCGGCUCGUCCGGCGUGGGGCUGACGGCGGCCGUGAUGCGCGACCCCCUCACCGGGGAGAUGACUCUGGAGGGCGGAGCCUUGGUGCUGGCCGACCAGGGGAUCUGCUGCAUCGACGAGUUCGACAAGAUGGCCGACGCCGACCGCACGGCCAUCCACGAGGUGAUGGAGCAGCAGACCAUCUCCAUCGCCAAGGCGGGCAUCAUGACCUCCCUGAACGCCCGCUGCUCCAUCCUGGCGGCGGCCAACCCCGCCUACGGCCGCUACAACCCCCGCAAGACCAUCGAGCAGAACAUCCAGCUGCCGGCGGCGCUGCUGUCGCGGUUCGACCUGCUGUGGCUGAUCCAGGACAAGCCGGACCCCGACGCCGACCUGCGGCUGGCCCAGCACAUCACCUACGUCCACCAGCACUGCCGGCAGCCGCCCUCGCACUUCACCCCCAUCCACAUGAAGCUCAUGAGGCGCUACAUCGCCAUGUGUAAGAAGCGGCAGCCCGUGGUGCCCGAGUCGCUGGCCGACUACAUCACGGCCGCCUACGUGGAGAUGAGGAAAGAGGCCCGGGUCAGCAAGGACACCACCUUUACCUCCGCCCGCACCCUGCUCUCCAUCCUGCGCCUCGCCACCGCGCUGGCCCGGCUCCGCCUGAUGGACACGGUGGAGAAGGAGGACGUCAACGAGGCCAUGAGGCUCAUGGAGAUGUCCAAGGAUUCUCUGCAGGCCGACAAGUCCAGCAACACACGGACGCAGCGUCCGGCCGACGUCAUCUUCUCCCUGGUGCGGGAGCUGGCCACGGAGGGCGUGGCGGGCCGCGGCGGCGCGGGCGGCACGGUGCGCAUGGCGGAGGCGGAGCAGCGCUGCGUGUCGCGCGGCUUCACGCCGGCUCAGUUCCAGGAGGCGCUGGAGGAGUACGAGGAGCUGAACGUGUGGCAGGUGAACCAGGCGCGCAGCCGCAUCACCUUCGUCUGACCCGCCUCCGCCUCCCCCCAACAGCUGGAGGGUUCCAGUGAAGCUUUUCUGACUUUUCCUCCUCUGGAAAUCCCAGCAGCAGCGGAUUGGUUUCGCCUCCGUGGCUCAAAAGUUACCGGGCAGAAUCUGGACUCAGUGAUAUUAAUAUUCCUGUUAACUGCUUGGAAGUGUCUGUGCUGUAUAGUGUUCUAUUAUUCCUCCUGUUCAGAGUAUUUCUGCACAUUUUAGUCUUUGCAGGUGAAAUGUUUAUGGCUUGUGUUGUCCCUGUUAAAAUAAACUGAUG